AUGAGCACCUCUGGCAACCACACUCAUAAUCAUGCCAUCGACAUCCCUCGUCGGCCAUCCCGGUCGGGAAUGUCGGGCCCGGAACGUCGUCGAUCUACCAAUCUGAACCCGAACAAUGGCAAUGACCCGGCUGGAGAUUCCAUUCCCUCCUCCCUCAGCCACCAUGCGCUCCGGGCGUCUAGUCCCUCCAGUCUUGGGGGCAGCCCGAUCAUCGCCACCGGGGACCCGCACCACCAACGUGCCCCUUCGUUGGGAGAGCUGCACCAGGAACUCGAACAGGAACAAGAGGCGCAAGUGAACCGACUCCUGCAUAUGAUCCGCAGCCAACAAACUCAGUUGCAGCAAUUACAGCAACAGCAACAGUCUUCACACAACAUUGCCAUCGAUGAUUCAGCCCCUGCGCUUUCGCAGCUCCCCUCUGUCCUACCUCUGCUGCCAACCGGCGGCAGCCGACCAUCCGCGCAGAUUACUUCGGCAUUGUCCAGCCGCCGACCAUCGCGACCGUCUAGCCAGGCCGCCUCGCCCAGUCUCCGGCCAUCGGUUGAUUCUCCCCGCGGCGUAGAUGGUCUAGAAGGGAUUACCGGCCUGGGCGAAAGUCCACGGCGAGGAAGUAGGGAUGAGGGCGCUUUCUACCAUGCCGAGGCAAUGAUGCUCAGCAGAGAGAAUCAAAUUCUUCGACAGCGGAUCCGCGACUUGGAGCGCCAGGUUAGCGAAUUGAGCAGCCCUACUGCCGGCGCUUCCCAGUCCAGCGCGACCCCAGCCAGCCAAGGGGCCGGACCGGCCGAUCCCCAUUCUGCUGCCGACACAGAAUCCGCCGAAGAUUCCACGGACAAGACAUGA